UUGAAAUUUCAAAAGAACACCGUUUUUUUUUUGAUUUUUUGUGUUUAUGAAAUGACGAUGGUUAAGAGUUUGCCGUUCGCUCAGCACCCAAAAAAAAAAUAAAAGUCGUAAGUCAAAAGUUCCUUCGCCCGUAUUUCCAAAGGAAAACAGAAAACGAUAUCAUCAAAAACCCGGGAUUCCACCAACAAACAAACAAACAAACAAACAAGCCAAAACCCUCUUUCAAAGGAAAGCAAUGACGACCCUCCGUCCCCUCUUUAUCCUCUACUUUCUCAUCCACAUCCCAAGCACACUUUUAAUCAGUCUUCAAGGCGUAUUUCCAACUUUGGACCUCCCCCCCUUUUUCCGGGAGUCGCUAGCAGGCUGGAUCGAAUCCUCUCAAGACCCCUUCCUGACGCCUCUAUUGAAAACUGGGAGGGUCGAGCCAUGGUUUUGGGGUAUCAUUGUCUGUGAGCUGUUUUUCCAACUUCCUUUGGAAUCGUGGUUGUUGGUCAAGGUUUGGCAGAAAGAGUGGGAUAGGAUUCGAGUGUGGGCGGUUGUUUAUGCUGUUCAUGUCGUUACGACCAUGGUUCCGAUUCUGGUGGUGUUGAAGGAGGCGGAUGUGGAGAAUAAGUGGGUGUUGUGGGGGAGUUAUGUGCCGUUUUUGAUCUUGCCUGCGUUGUUUGGGUGGGCGGUUGGGUUGGGUGGUCAGAGCAACGUGCGGAAAGUAAAGAGGGGAUAAGAAGGGGGUUUUAAAGAUAUUAGUGGUAUUUGUCGGCAGAAUAGUGAUGGAUAGAGUAUGGCAUUUACAGUUUGUCAACAUGUAGCGACCCAAAAAAAAAGAACCGGGGCAACCCUACAUCUACAUACCGCUAUUUACAACAAACGAAACCGCACCCCGCAAAUAAUUACAUUGGCC